UGUCAUAUAUGAAACAAUUAUCCAUCAGUUACAAAACCUAGACAGAUUAUAAGUUACAUACUCCAAGAACGCAUCAGAAUGAAAACAGUGUGUUUGAUUCUAAGUAUACUGAGCUUUGGAAGAUGUAUGAUAUUUAACAACAAUCCAUGUGCACUAGUGCCCUCAUACCACGCUGGAAUCCCAGCCGACGCCAACUGGACAGCAACUAUUAUGGUGCCAGUGUCAUGUACAAACGGAACGUUCCGCUGGGACUACCCAAAGGGUCACGCUAUUCUACAUUUCAAGGAUUAUGGGAAAACUACGAGCCUGUGCUUCUCCGAGUCUCUUGGCGGGGACAUAUUCACAAUCACUGACAAGAACAACCACAUGCAGCUGAAUCAGCUAAACCGAGGGAGUUCUGCUCAGGUUUGUACAGCGGAUUCCGCUUCUGGGCAACCGUUUGUGAUCCAAGUCGACGCCCCUGAUACCAUGUACUACAUGGGAGAAUUUGCCUACGAAGUCAAGUUUGUCUAGGCUCCCAGUAUGUAAAUAAAUAAAUGGCUAUUAAACGGA